UCAGGCAGCAAAUGUCUGCUUCGGCCGGCGGCGGCUCUCCUUCUACCCAGGGCACGGCCCUUGUCGGCCCCGGUACCGGGAUGUCUAUGUUCCGGUGGCUCGAAGUGUUGGAGAAGGAGUUUGACAAAGCUUUUGUCGACGUAGAUCUACUGCUUGGAGAGAUCGAUCCAGACCAGGCGGAUAUCACAUACGAGGGGCGACAAAAGAUGACAAGCCUUAGCUCGUGUUUCGCCCAACUCUGCCACAAAGCUCAAACGAUAUUCCAGCUCAAUCACAAAGUAGAGGCCCAGCUGGUGGACCUGCGCUCGGAGCUGACGGACGCCCAGGCGGAGCGGACCGUGGUGGAGAGGGAGGUGCACGAGCAGCUGCUGCAGCUCCACGCCCUCCAGCUGCAGCUGCGCUCGCGGGCGGGCCAGGCCGACGAUGAGACGGACUCCAUCAAGGACAGGAUGCCUGUCCUCACGGUGGACGAGAUGGAGCGGGAGUUGGAGGCCAGUAAGAAGGAGAAGGUCCGCGAGGUGAAGCUGGACGCCGAGGCGAAGCUGCACAAGAAGGAGAACGAGGCCCUCCGCAGGCACAUCGCCGUACUGCAGGCGGAGGUGUACGGGGCCCGGCUGGCAGCCAAGUACCUGGAUAAGGAGCUGGCUGGGAGGGUCCAGCAGAUCCAGCUGUUGGGUCGGGACAUGAAAGGCCCCGCCCACGACAAGCUGUGGAACCAAUUGGAGGCGGAGAUCCACCUGCACCGCCACAAGACGGUCAUCCGCGCCUGCAGGGGGCGCAACGACCCCAAGAAACCGCUUCCCUCCCCCGUCGGGCAUGACACAGACAGUCUGAAGAGGAGCCAGGGUGUGGGUCCCAUCAGGAAGGUGGUUCUGGCCAAGGAAGACCACGAGGGCCUGGGUAUCUCCAUCACGGGAGGUAAGGAGCAUGGUGUGCCCAUCCUGAUCUCAGAGAUCCACCCCACCCAGCCAGCGGAGCGCUGUGGAGGGCUGCACGUGGGAGACGCCAUUUUAGCCGUCAACAGCAUCAACCUGAGGGAUGCCAAGCACAAGGAGGCUGUCACCAUCCUCUCCCAGCAGAGGGGAGAGAUAGAGUUCGAGGUGGUGUACGUGGCCCCCGAGGUCGACUCUGAUGACGAGAACGUGGAGUACGAGGACGAGAGCGGCCAUCGCUACCGACUCUACCUCGACCAAUUAGAGGAGGGCUCCGCCCCUGCACGCAGCAAUGGCACCACUGACCCCGCCGGCCUGCAGGCCCUAGAGAAGCUGUCUGUGAGCGAGGCACCAGAGAACGGAGACACUGGCUUGUCCGGCGAGACCCCGUCGGAGGAGACUCCCUCCAGGGCGGCCCCCUUCUCCGACAGCUCCUCUUAGAGGCCCGGAGGAUGGAGGGGAGGAGAGGAGGAAAGAGUGGAUGUUGAGAUGUGAGAACAGAGAUAUGGAGGGUGUGGAGGAGGAGAUGGAGGAGAAAGACUUGGCAGCAGAUGUGAGCUGCGUUGUUUUUGUACCAGACAUGUCAGAGAUCGAUUGGACGGGAGAAAGAAAGGUUGGACCAAUGACCAUGAAGGACACACACAGUCCAUUGUUGUCAUGGAAGCACUCUCCGAGUCCUGUUGACUUUACCUGAGGAGGGGGUGGGGUCUCAUCGAAAGCGAAGACCGGCGAUUGGUUCAAAGGAUUCGGGCUGUCUGGAGGAGGAGUGUGAUUGGUAUAUUGCUCUGUGUAUAGUUCCUGUUCCUGUUUCCUACACCACAGACUCCUCCCCUUCCGGUGCGCUAAGAGACCUGGGGAAGGACAUGUCUGUUAAACACGACAGAGUUGACGCCCAAAGAUGGCCUCACAGGUCCAUCUUCACCUGCUUACCCAUAAUGGUGGUGGUAAUUAGUAGUACUGAUUUUCUUUAUCUGUUUGCUGACCAGCUUCCAAUCAUGUCCUCACGGGUACACUGUCCUCCACCGGUCAGAGACAACAGCCCUGUUAACGCCAACCCAAGUGUCUGAUGCUAGUUAGUCAGUCAGCUUUGUUAUUGACGGAUACCACGGCUAGUCUUAGUUUACCUGCUGUGUGUGUGACCCCCCCCCUUUCAAGUGCCAUGGAGCCAUUAACUGUAUUGCUGCUCGGUCAUUCUGACUUGGUCGCCCCGGAUGUUGGGGGAAAUCUGCAUAAUCGUGAUGACGCAGCGACAAACGCAUCAUCCUCUGGUGAGGACGGAGUGUGGCUCAUUCAUCAGCCUCGUCCCAACACCGUCUAGAAGUAGUGGAACUCUGGCCAUCGAUGGAAAAAGUGCAAUAUCUGUCAUUUAUACCCCGACCCCACCCGCCAACAUCUUCCCCUGAACUGGUCGUGUCACCCAAAGGACAGGUCUUGACUUGGUCGUUUAGGAUUGUCGCCUGGGCGGUUCGGCUUUUUACUUUGGCCCCCUGGCUGACUCAAAAGAUGGCCGACAUCCCAGUCAGUCAGUCUGUUUGUGUGAACGCGGUAUCCAGCUUUAUUUGAUGAUUCCUAAAGAACCAAACCCAUUUCGUAUUCCGUUCAUGAUGGCAUGGAAAGAUAGGUGCAAUAACUCACGGUCUUGUCUGUCCACUUAUGACUCUCACAACUCCCACCAACACUUGUCCUGAGAGAGAUUCUAGAAACCUGUAUAUAAACAAUAUAACUAUUUGCUGUUUUAAACAUUAAAUCCAGUAUGUUUAUGUGAAUUGAGGUCGUACAGUGUGAUAUCGGAGUCUCCUGUAGGGGGUGCUGUCCUGGGAGCCGAGGAACGGAUGCUAUUGAGCUAAUGUUCGUGUUUUAAUCAAACUUCUGUCUAUUCAGCUUUAGUCCCCACUCGUGCUGCAUGGUCCACGUAGACAGCCUGGCCACACACACACACGCACAGACACACACCCUCGGCUCACAGACGCAGCGCUCUGGCCCAAAGGAACAACAGGCUACUACACUUGUUUUCAGACUCCGUUUUAUUCUUCCUGAAAAGAUUUGCAGUCAAAAAAGUUGUUUCUGAACCAUUGGGAGAUUUGGUAAACAUGUCUUCUAUCUGUAGUUUCUGUAUAGUUACAAAAUCUUUGAAUAAACCUACAUUUAUUUGCCCAA